GCCUGCCCCACCACACCCCCAGGCACCGGCAGUAGCCAAUUUCUAUAGACCCCCCCCCCCCCCGCGACUAGUGCCAUCUCUGACAUCAUCAAGAGUGAAAACUCGAUUAUCAGCAAAGCAUUCUUCAUUGCAACCUUCGCCAUCAUUCAAAAUGGUGAACGUUCCUACUGUCAAACUUCAACCUACUGGGCAGGAGAUGCCUCUGGUCGGCUUUGGCCUUUGGAAGGUCACCAAUAAGACCUGUGCCGACACUGUUUAUAACGCAAUCAAGACCGGUUACAGACUGUUCGAUGGUGCCUUUGGUACUUUUCCCCUUUACCCCUCUUUUGGCUGCAGGGCUGAUAUGUGCGGAACAGAUUACGGAAACGAGAAGGAGGCUGGCCAGGGUGUGAAGCGUGCAAUCGAUGAGGGGCUCGUAAAGCGUGAAGACCUUUUCAUCGUGUCUAAGCUCUGGAACACCUUCCACGAGAGGGAGCGUGUCAAGCCCAUCACCAAAACGCAGUUGGAAUGGUGGGGCCUAGAAUACUUCGAUCUUUUCCUUAUUCAUUUCCGUAUGUCCCCAUUCUCGAAGAUUGUCUAUGCCUCGAUGCGGUCAGCUGACGUUGGUCUGAUAGCUGUUGCCCUUGAAUAUGUUGAUCCUGCCGUCAGCUACCCAAGCGGCUGGAGAACACCAGACGGCUCCCUCAAGCCUAUCAAAGCAUCAAUUCAGGAGACCUGGCAGGCGAUGGAGGAGCUUGUCGAUGAGGGUCUAGUUAGGAAUGUUGGUAUCUCAAAUUUCCAGGGUGCCCUGAUCCUUGACUUGCUUCGCUAUUGCCGCAUCCGGCCCGCUACCCUACAGAUUGAGCAACAUCCGUACCUCGUUCAGCACGAUCUUAUCCGCCUCGCCAAAUCCGAGGGGAUUGCCAUAACGGGGUACUCCUCAUUUGGCCCUGCCAGCUUCCGCGAGCUUGAUUGGAAAAAGGCUUUCGAUACCCCCACUCUCCUCGAGCACCCCACCAUCACCACCAUUGCCAAGAAGCACAACAAGACUCCCGCACAGGUUCUGCUGAGAUGGUCAACACAACGGGGCCUCGCCGUCAUCCCCAAGAGCAACAGCCAAGAUAGGCUCCUGGAGAACUUGGAUGUCAAUUCGUUCAAUUUGGAGGAAUCAGAGAUCCAGGAUAUCUCUGGUCUGGACAGGAAUCUGAGAUUCAACAACCCGAUUGACGUGAGUUACAACGGUCUUUCACUGUAUCUUGUAAGCGGCAUGAAUACUUACCACUGA